CAGAUCUACAUCUACACGAACCAACUCGCCAGCCGGGGGGUGCGCGGCAUGCAGAGGAGGAACAUCGUUCUCACGAAAGAGGGGGCACGCGUCGGGGUGAGGGAGAUGGACGGCGAGGAGUAUGCGGAUUGGACGCAGAGAGCCCUCGUAAACACGUGGAACGCGGCAUACACCGAUGUCAAGGGCAAGGGCAAGGGCAAGGGGAACGGAAAGGCGACGGCGACGACGUAA